AUGCCCGUGAAUGGGGCGACAAACAACAGCGCAGCCAGUGCGCAUCCGCAUCCACAUCCACAUCCGCAUCCGCAUCCUCAUUCCAGUGCCAGUGUGCCCAACAGCAACAACAACAACAACAACUCAAACAGCAACAACAACAACAGCUCACAGCAGACACAAUGUGAAUUCAAUUUCCUGAAGCGCAAAUAUGAAUCGCAAGUGGACCAGCAGCAGUUGCCGUUGGAGCAGCAGGAGCAACAGGAGCAGCAAGAAUAUGAGCAGCUCGCCUCGAAUCCCUGGAAGAAACGUCAUCUCGACUAUGAUGUCAGCGGCGCUGGUGACAUGUGCUUCCAGCUGCAGCUGGAAACGAACAACAGCACUGGGACUGUAACUGGUACCGUAACUGGAACAUCUGCUGCGUCUGGUGCAGCUGGUGCAGGUGCUGGCGCUGGCGCCUCCAACUCCUCCUUUAUCAAUGAUCUGUUUGCGUACGAUAGCAGCCUGAUGGUGCCGGCUGCCUCCUACUGUGCCCCGCCCAGUGCUCCCAUGGAGGCGGGCGAUGCCGGCGGCUGGCAGACGGGCGAGCUGCUCGAAUUAGAUCAUCGCUACAAUUCGGGACUGCAGACUGAGAUCUCCCAGCUGAAUGCAACGCUGCCGCCGCCCUCGCUUCCACUCUCACAACAACAACAACAACAGCAGCAGCAGCACCAGCAGCAGCAUCAGGAUCUGUCCAGCAACAGCUUCCUAGUGCCCAUUCCUCAGAAGCAACAGCAGCCGGUGAAUCUGCCACUGUCUCUGCCUCAGGCUCAGGCUCAGGUUCGGCAAGUGGCUUUCUGCAGACGCAGUUCGCCGGCGGCCAGUGAAUCGGAGCCGGAUUUCGAGGACAAGAAUCUGUCGUGGCUGCUCAACUUCAAGUUCGAUGAGUUUCCACAUCUGUCCCCAGAUGUUGGCGGCGCCGGUGUCGGUCAUCGCCUGGGCAAUGGACCCAGUGUUGGAUUAGAGGCGGCCACGCCCACAGCGGCAGCGAAUAUGGCCAGCGCAUCGCCCUGCAGCUCCGCCUCGCCCGCAUCCGCAUCCAAUUCGAAUCACUCGCUCAACUCCAGCCAGAGCUGCCACACAACAUUGCUGCUGGAGCAACGUGGCUCGCCCAAAAGCUGUUCCAGUGCAUCCACAACAGGCGGAGCAAUCACAAUAGCAACGGGAACGGGAUCGGGUACGGGUACGGGAUCGGGCACCGGAACAGGUACAACAUUAAACACACACACGACCAAGACUGGCCGCAAAUUUGAGGAGCUGGUAAUGGAGGUCACCUCGGAGAUGGAUGGCAACGAUAUGAUUGUCGCCGAACAUGUUGUCGUUGAGGAUACAACGUCCAAGGCGCCAAAGAAACCACCGUUUACAUACACGGAACUCAUCGAAUACGCCCUCGAGGACAAGGGUGAGCUGACGGUGUCGGGCAUAUACCAAUGGAUAUCCGAUCGCUUUCCCUACUACAAAUCGAAUGAUGACCGCUGGAAGAAUUCGGUGCGACACAAUCUUUCAAUCAAUCCACACUUUCGCAAGGGGGUAAAAGCGCCCCAAGGCGCCGGCCACUUGUGGGCCAUAUCCAGCGGCGAUUCAGCGGAGAAUGUGCUUGCCUGGGAGCAUAAAAAGCAACGUUUGGAUUUGUUCUUUAAAAUGGAGUCCAUCAAUCGGGAGCGCAUUCAACAGCAUCAACAGCAAAUGCAACAGCAACAACAACAACAGCAGCAGCAGCAGCAACAACAACAGCAACAACAACAGCAGCAGCUGCAACAACAACAGCAACAGCAGCAAAAUUGCAAUUCACCACAACAACAGCAGCAGCAACAACAUCAGCAACAACAAAAUGCAUCAAAUUGCAUUUACGAUGAGGCAGCUGCGGCUGCAGCGGCGCUAACGCAGGAGAUGCUGCAGCAUGCGGCGCCCAGUGAAGCAUCGCCAGGUGGAUCACAGACGCAUUCGCAUUCGCAUCCGCAUCUCAAUCAUCAUCAGCAGCGUCUGUUGCCCUUCAGCGAUCUGCUGAGCGACGAGGAGCUCCGCAAGACGGCGGGUCAAAUACUCAAUGGGAUCCAUCGGGAGGUGGAGGUGCAAUCGGUGAACUCCAUUAUCAGUACCUACCAGGAUGUGCUCCUAGACAAUGAUUAUCUCAAUCCCAUACAUAAGGAUGUGGUGGUCACCGAGAGCGGUCUGCGCCAGCAUCAGCAUCACCACCACCAGCAACAGCACAGUGGCGGCAGCAGCAACAGCAACGGCGGCGGCGGCGUCGGUGGCAACAGCAGUAGCAGCAGCAGCAUACUGGCCAGCAGUUUAACACACUCACAGUACUAUAUAACAGAGAUUGAUCCAAUGGAGCUGGGCAUACAGAUGUCACAUCAUCAGGUGGAGCCCUCUGAGGAGGAGGUUCUCUUCAGUGACGACUUCAAUCUCAACUAUUUUGGCUAUAAUCCCGGCAGCGAUAUUGUCGCUUGACCGCGCAAGCAGCAACAGCAACAGCAGCAGCAGCAGUCGCAGCAACA